CGCUUUGCCUGUUCCCUUUAAUACGUUCCUGGGGGAAGCACUGUAGGAGCUUAGAAAUAUCCGGAGACAUCUCAAGGCGAAAUGAAAAGUCAUUUCCCAGGAGAAAUGUUAGAAAACGCUACAAUUAAAACACCCCAAAACGAAAAAUUACCGUUUGGAUUACGCCUCAUUGUGCGGCAUGAUAUGGUCAGAAUUGGUUCUGGUAUUUUUUUUCAGAGUGAGUGCAAAGUUUAGCCUUAGACCAAUUGAAAACCACACGAAUACCAACAACCAGAUUUCAGUCUCAUUUUUUUUCAUAGAAACCUCAUUUACCUUAGUUAAGUAUGAGCUCCAACAGAGUCCGAAUGGCUUGAGUAUUUGUCGUCAAUCAACUGCAGAGCUAAAAACAGCUUUGACUUAUUGCUCAAAAGAAUUUUGGAAGGGUUCCCAGUGCCGAUUCCGACACUGUGAAGAGGCCCUUGGCAGUGAUACUGUGUGCUCAUUAUGGAGAGAAGGAAAAUGUUUAGAUCCACUUUGCAGAUUUAGACACAUGGAAAUGCAGCAAAACUGCAGCAUUUCAUGCUUCUGGGAAACUCAGCCUCUUGGUUGUGUGAAGAUCAGUUGUAUCUUUUAUCACAGCAAGCCUCGAAAUAUCAAUGGAUUAUUUUUGCCACCAAGCAGCAAUAUCACACUACAGAAAGAAACUCAGGAAGGCGUUCCACCCCCAACCCAGAGUCAGGAGCCCUUGAAACCUCAGGAGAAUAAAUCACGACCCAUUCACCAUCCCUUAGUUUUAAAAACUAACUUUGAGGAAGAAGAGGAGGAAGAUGAACAGAAUGAUGCUUCUAGUUUAUGGACAAAGACUCCUGAAGAAAUUGAAGAAAAAAGAGCAAUAAAGGAGAUGUGUUAUAAAUCUGGUGAAUACUACAGAUUUCAUACUCCUCCAGAUAUUUCAUCAUCUAAAAGCAUAGCCUCUACAGUGGAAAAAGAGUUAGAAAAGCCUUUGGAAAAUGGCAGUGAAUUACAAGAAGGGGAUGGUCUGACAGUUCCAACAAAAUUCAGCCUAUUUGAAAGGCAAGGUGAGAUAAAAGCAUCAUUGGAUGGGAAACCAAGGACUGACAUUGCUGCUUUUGAAAAUGGAGGAGGUGACUGCUACGUUCCGCAGAGGAUCACAUUUCUUGGAGUAGAUGAAAAUGAAGCUUUAACUGAAGAGAAAGAAAUCACGUUGUCAAAAUGUUCAAAUGCUAAAGAUAACAAGGACAGUCCUCAUCCAAAGUGUUCCCUAACUACCCGACUAGUACCUACAGCGCAUGUAUUAAAUGCUACUGAGAAUAUCAGUAUGAAGUGCAGAGAGGACCCCUCUUCAAUGAAUGAUGUCCAGCCAGUGAGGAAGCCUCAUUUUAGAGGUGUGAAAAAAAGAAAAUGGAUUUAUGAUGAACCAAAGAACUUUCCUGGCCCAGGAAUGCGGAGAGCAGUACAGGCUCCAAAUCCCAAAAAUAAAAUGAGUUACCUUCGCAAUAAUAAGAACAGAAAUUCUGAGAAUGCAUCCUAUAUCCAUGUUCAGAGAGAUGCUGUCAGAACUGUCUCAUUGAAUGCACCUGCCCGCAGCAGGCCCACAAACGGGUCCUACAAGAAAGUGGAUGUUAACAGGGAACCCAAAUUCAACCUCUGUUCAGAUAAAUAUAUGUCAACAUCAUAUAAUGGUUCAGCCUGGCGAAAAAGAAUUCCUUUUUCAAAAACAUAUUCAAAAACUGAAAAGAUAUAUACAGAGCCGAGAAGAAAUGGGAGCAAGUAAACCUGGAGGUUGAGAGAAGAGAAAAAUGAGAAAAGAGAAAAGUGCCAGAAAUCAUCUGAUUUACAAUCAAAAAAUGAAAAUUCAAAGAAUGAGAUACUCAAGUCUCCAUACUAUAAACUGGAUAGCCAAAGAGGAUAAAAUGCAAAUUCUGAAAAUAAGGUGCAGGAAGUACAUUGUGCUCCUUCAAAACUGAUAAAAAUGCAAAUUACAAA